AUGAAUUUAUCUGAGGAUAAUACAUUCGGGAACGGGCUUCUAUACGUGGGAUUUAAUCAAGAUCAAGGUUGUUUUGCUUGCGGAACGGAGAAUGGAUUUCGGGUGUUCAAUAGCGACCCACUUAAGGAAAAAGAGCGACAAAAUUUCGCUGAAGGUGGUCUUUCAUACGUCGAGAUGCUAUUUAGAUGCAAUUACAUGGCUUUGGUAGGAGGUGGUAAAACCCCCGUGUAUCCUCCGAACAGAGUCAUAAUAUGGGAUGAUUUGAAAAAAGAUUCUGCAAUAUCACUCGAUUUCAAUAGCCCUGUGAAAGCUGUGAAGCUGCGAAGAGACCGCAUUGUUGUUGUAUUGGAAAACUUGAUAAAAGUUUACACAUUCACGGCUCAGCCACAGAUGCUGCAUGUGUUUGAGACAUGCCAAAACACUAGAGGACUGUGUGUUGUCUGCCCCAACAGUAAUAAUGCACUACUUGCCUACCCCAGCCGCAAAACAGGACAUGUUCAGUUGGUGGAAUUAACCACACAUGCAGGUGCCAGUGCUGCCCCAGAAGGUCACUUGAUAGCUGCACAUGAGGCACCACUCAGUUGCCUAGCCCUCAAUGUGGGUGGCACCCGGCUGGCUACUGCUUCUACUAAAGGCACACUCAUCAGAGUUUUUGACACAGGCACUGGACAGAAGCUUGCCGAGCUGAGGAGAGGCGCACACCAGGCUACAAUUUACUGCAUAAACUUUAAUCACUCAAGCACCAACUUAUGUGUUACAUCAGACCAUGGCACAGUCCAUGUGUUCAGCUUGGAAGAUGAAAAGCUCAAUAAGCAGUCCAGUUUGGCGACAGUAAACUUUUUACCAAAAUAUUUUUCAAGCAAUUGGAGUUUUUGUAAAUUCACCAUCCCAAAUGGACCUCCGUGUAUCUGUGCCUUUGGAGUUGACAAAAGUUCCAUCAUUGUUAUCUGUGCUGAUGGAUCUUAUUACAAGUACAAGUUUAACGAAAAGGGCGAGUGUACUAGAGAUGUUUACGCUCAGUUCCUGGAGACAUCUGAAGACAGAUAA